AUGGUGAACUGGUCGGAUCCUGAAAUCAUUGGGAAACAGGCAGCAGCCUUUUCCCAGCUUCUUCUCGUUCUCUUAGGCCUGUACACAUGGGAGGUUUUCAACAGCCUGGAUUUCGACUAUAGUAUCAUUGCCAACUGGAGAGAUUUCAAGUGGCCGAUGGUUGUUUACUUUGUCUGCCGGUAUUCGAUAUGGGUUGGAGUAACUAUGCUCAUCGUUGCGAACAAUUUCACGCAGGAGCUUGAUUGUCAGGUGUUCUAUACAAUAACCCAGCUGUUUGGCAACAUUGCGAUCGGAACUGCUUCAGGUCUUCUCAUGCUUCGAGGGAUUGCGAUAUGGAGCCGCAAUCGCUACGUCCUAUUCGGUUUGCUUUUCAUCGCAUUGGGUCACUGGGCGAUCCUCUUUCUGGGAGUGAUCUCUGUUCGUUCAGUUUGGGACCCACGGACGAGUGUAUGCGUGGUCACUGGCACCUCGACGACCCUUUUGCGUCUGAUCUAUGGCUACACAAUGGCUUUUGAUUUGACUGUACUUGUUGUAUCUACCGCUGGCCUGCUGCGCUCGGGCGGCUGGCAGGGCUCCGACUUGUGGAAGCUUCUGUUCCGGGACGGCAUUGUCUAUUUUGUUGUGGCUUUUGUUGGAAAUAGUAUUGCAGCUGUAUUCACGAUAUUGCAUUUGAAUGCUGCCAUGGAUAUCAUGUUCACUGUUCCGGCGGCUGUGUUUAGCACAGUCGUUGCGUGCCGAGCUGUUCGACGUCUUUCUGAGUGGGCGCGCCAGGAUGUGUAUAUCCACUCGCGUUCACGAAGCAUUCAGAAUAGUUCCGGAGCCAAUGCAAACAAGCGAGAGCACCAAAAGCCCGCUGUGCAGAUCACAAUGGAGACCUACACGGCUCAAAGAGAGGAUGAUUUCUACCACGUGGAGAGACCUGGUGCUCGAUCUGCCAUUGCAAGGGUUGACUUGGAGGCGCCUGAUCACUCCGACGACGAGGGCACAACCCACAAGAGCAUGUCUCAAAAAGACUUGACCUCACCAUUCUGA